UUUUUUCAUUGCCCCCGUGGCGUUGUGUUCCCAAUGUUCUCACAUUUAUUAUGCUCGGUAUUCUAUUGAACAGUUGCACGAAGAAGAAGCAGUUACCGACACCCACCCACAUACAAUCACAACCGCCGAGAUGUAGUGUUUCUCUGAACGGAGGAAUAUUGUGCAAGCAGGAUGACAGUGCGUCAACGGUACAUUCACACAUCUCUGAGGAAUCUGAGCAUGAUUGACGUGCUGUAGUGUGAGAGGAGCAAGAUUACAAGAGAAAUGUGACACUAGCAUACUUCCUCUGCUUUGCUUGGAAAUGGAUUAAUGUGAAAGUGGCUGGUAAAGAGCACCCUGCCUCUCAGAUUAUGCCCAGACGGGGGCUUCCUCUGCAGGGGCGGGCGCGCUGGCUUCUACUAGGUAUAUUUUUGAUCCUGGUGCUGCUGCUCUUUGCUUACCUCCUGGAGUGCACACCGCCUACUGAUGUGAGUCAGGUGCUGCCUGGCCUGGGAGGAGAUCCUUAUGGGAAGGAGUAUUACCAGGCCCUCCUGCAGGAGCAGGAAGAGCGACAUCUCAGCCGAGCGGCCAGCCUCAAGAGGCAGAUUGCGCAGCUCAAACAAGAACUCCAAGAGAUGAGCGAGAAACUGAGGGUACUUCAAAAAAAAAAGGAGGGCCUGGGGCCACAGAGCCUGAUCGAUGGAAGAGAUCAAGAGCCGAGUGACCUCUUGGAGUACCUACACUCGCAAAUCGACAAGGCGGAGGUGAAUACGGGAGCGAGGCUACCGAGCGAGUACGCCCUUGUGCCCUUUGAGAGCUUCACCUCCACGAAGGUGUACCAGCUGGAGAUGGGCCUGACACGCCAUCCCGAGGAGAAGCCUGUGCGGAAGGACCGGAGGGAUGAGUUGGUGGAGGUGAUAGAAGCGGGUUUGGAAAUUCUUAAUAACCCGGAAGACGAUGACGGACAGGAGGACAACAUCCCCAUGCAGCGGCAGAUGUUCACCGAAAGCCAUUUUUUUGAAGGACUCUACAGGACCGAAAGGGACAAAGGCACACUGUAUGAGCUCUACUUCGCUAAAGAGAAUUCCCACGAGUACCGUCACGUCACCCUCUUCCGUUCAUUUGGGCCUCUCAUGAAAGUGAGGAGCACGUCUGUAGACACCGCCAGCACCAUCAUUAACAUCAUAGUGCCGUUGUCAGGCCGCACUGAAGUCUUUGUUCAGUUUUUGCACAACUUCAGGGAGGUUUGUGUACAGCAGGAUAAACGAGUGCAUCUCACAGUGGUGUAUUUUGGUCAGGCGGGCUUGCAGGAGGUGAAGGCGUCUCUGAGGAAAAUGUCCAGUGAGGAGAACUUCAGUAACUACACUCUGAUCCCAGUGGAUGAGGAGUUUUCGCGGGGCCGUGGUCUUGACAUUGGAGCUCACGCAUGGGAAAAAGGGGGUGACGUGUUGAUGUUCUUCUGUGACGUUGACAUCUACUUCACACUGGAAUUUCUUAGUACCUGUCGUCUCAAUACAGCUUCAGGAAAACGUGUUUUCUAUCCGGUGGUUUUCAGUUUGUACAAUCCAGCUAUAGUUUAUGGAAAUCUUGAAUUUCCACCCCCAAUUGAGAGUCAGCUGAUUCAUAAAAAAGAUGCUGGAUUCUGGAGGGAUUUUGGAUUUGGCAUGACUUGUCAGUAUCGCUCUGACUUCCUUAGCAUUGGAGGAUUUGAUCUGGAAGUGAAAGGCUGGGGUGUAGAAGAUGUGCACUUGUACAGGAAGUACCUACGGAGUGAACAUAUUGUGAUCCGGACCCCUGUGUCGGGCCUCUUCCACCUGUGGCACGAGAAGCUGUGCGCAGACGAGCUGACCCCGGAACAGUACCGCAUGUGCAUCCAGUCCAAGGCCAUGAAUGAGGCGUCACACUCUCAUCUGGGCAUGCUUGUGUUCAGGGAGGAGAUUGAGACUCACCUUCGAAAGCAGGCCUACAAAACUCAGAGCAAACCAGCUGAAUGAAUCAACAAUGCAGCGAGGAGCACACAGCAAUGAAGAUAUGAGUCAAAAUGUUUCGUUUUCUUGUAUCAUUUGAACUGAAGUUACAUAAAAAAUGAUCUGGGAUUUUCAAAAGACUUUGACAACAAAGAAGACUAAGUGUCUGGUAUAGUUGAGAGGUACUGAAGAAAUUGUAUGGGCCUCAUUGAAGUCAACAGCUUGCAUAAAUGUUUUAUACAAAUGAUUUGCACUGUUCUGCUCAUGAUUUAUAAAUAAUUGCCAUUGAGAAGACAUGUAAAGAGCAUUCCUUUUGUUUUUUUUAUUUUGCCCUUAAUUGACAGCUAUUAGUUUCUAUUUUAUUUCUAGUGGUGUCAAAUAGAUUAAUUGUGAUUAAUCACAUCUAACGUUAAAGUUUGUAAAUAUCAUUCGUGUGUUUGCACACAAACUUUUGAUUAAUCGAUUUGACAGAACUGAUUAUUUCUGUUGAAAAUCAGUGCACUGUGAUAAAAUAGAGAUGUGUUGCUAAAAGGGACAAUCAUCCACAUGUGGAUGUAGUUCAACUUGCCAUGCUGGAUUUGUACUGUUGGUCAUGUUUCUGCUGGAACAGCAGACUUUUCCCCAAGUCUUCCAUGUCUUUGCUGUGUGAGAUAGCAUGGACCUGAUAUGCAUUUUGAUGCAUGUGUCAAACUUUUAUUUUGCACCAUGUGUGAGGACACUGGUCAGUGCUGUAGUGUUGUCUGUCAGGAGGGUAAACAGGAUCUAAAUGCUUUGGCUUCUGCAACCACUUUGAAGAUGAAUCUGCGGUAUAUACGUAGUCAAUGUUGAGGUAUUAAAAAAACUGAAUUACCUACAAUUUCUCUGACUAAUCUGUUGAGGACAUUAUGUAUUAAUUCCAUUGGCAGGUAGAUUGAAAAUAACCUUUGCUAUCUAUUAGAAAGCCUCAAAAUGACCAGGAUGUUGAAUUCCAUUGCUCAUUUUCUAAAGCAAAUAAAAGAAAUACAACAA